UUAUACACGGGUGAGGAAAUCAGCGUGACAUUUAACCUUUUUACCGUGGCGCCCAUAUUGAUUUUAAGUUCACGUCAAUCCACAGAAACGCUAAACCCUAGUACCUGUGUCCGUUCAAUCUUAUUCAGCGAGAAAGUGUGUGAUGAUGGGCUUUGCCAUGGCCACUUAACUAUUUUUGGUUCAGCAACAGGACGACUUGCAUGGCAAUUGUACACUUCUUUGCACGUUUUUAGUAGCGAAUGUGAAUGCGAAGAAUGAGAAGGAUAACAAGGCAAGCAGUAUUGAUAGGAGCAAGGCAAUGCCGUUCAAUUGGCACAGGAUUCUCGAGGGCACAGCAGCAGCAGGUUGAAGAUGUGGAAGGCGUUUCGUCAAUUCCAUCUCCAUCUCUUUCUUCUCCGGAGCAGUCGCUGAUUCCUAUAGGAAUGCAACAGCGCUCGAUUCGCAGCGAAGUGCCAUAUGACCCGCGCUCGGCUAGCAAAAUACAGGUAUUUUCUAAGUCACUCAGUCUGCCCAACCUACUCAAUGUUUUCGCGGACUGGACGACGUCGCAGAGGUGGAAUGAGAUUAAGGAUCUGUUCGAGGAGUGGCUGAGAACGCUGAACGAGGUAGGGAAGCCUAACAAGCCUGAUAUUAAUGCGUACAAUCACUACCUGCGGGCGAAUUUGAUGACGGGCGCCUCCGCUGCCGAGUUGCUGGAUUUGGUUGCACAGAUGGAAGUGGACUACGAUGGCCUCGUCCCUAACACUGCCUCCUUCAACUUGGUGCUUAAGGCCAUGUACCAGUCCCGUGAGCCCCUGGCCGCUGUCAAGUUGAUUGAUCGGAUGAUUCAGAUAGGGCAAGAUGCUGCACCUGAUGAAGAAUCAUAUGACCUUGUUAUUGAGCUACUGCUGUUGGAGAGCCAAAUGGAUCUGGCACUAAAAUACAUAGAUCUAACACUGAACUCUGGUUAUAUGCUAUCCACGAAAACGUUCAGUGAUUGUGUUCGAGCAUUUUUAAAUUCAGGCAAAUCGGACACCGUGCUGUCCAUUAUAGAGAGAUGUAAGGCAAUGGAUCAGAACAAGACUUUGUGUCCUCCUUGGACUUUGUGUACAUACAUUGCAGAUUCUGCAUUUCAAGCAGACAAUAGUAAAUUAGCAUGUCAUGGACUGGAAUUCCUUGUUCGAUGGAUUGCUCAAGGAAGGGCCUCUCGACCACCAGUUCUACUAACCGUUGAGGAAGGAUUGUUAAUUGGUGCACUUGGAACAGCUGCUAGGACUUGUAGUGCUCCUCUUUUAAAGACUUCUUGGGAGAUACUAAUGCGGUCUUUACAACAGAAGAGACCGCCAUGUGCUCAAACAUACCUUGCCAAGAUACAUGCAUUUGCAGCAUUAGGAGAACUUAAAUGGGCAUAUCGUGCUUUACAUGAACUUGAAUCUGCAUAUGGCAAUGCUGAAAAAGAAGAUUUGGAGCUAUUUUCUCCAUUUUCAUCAUUGAAUCCUCUUGUCCGGGCAUGUUCUAAUGGUGGUUUUGCUUCAUUGGAUGCGGUUUAUUUCCAGCUAGAGAAUUUAAGCAUUGCAGACCCUCCGUACAAAUCAGUGGCUGCACUCAACUGUAUAAUAUUAGGCUGUGCAAACAUAUGGGAUCUUGACCGGGCAUUCCAAACAUUUGAGGCAAUUGAAAAAAAAUUUGACCUCUCUGCUGAUGUUCACUCAUAUAAUGCCUUGAUGAGUGCAUUUGGAAAAAUGAAGCAGACAUUCGAAGCAACAAAUGUAUUUGCACACAUGACAAGCUUGGGUGUCAAGCCAAAUGAGAAGUCAUAUUCCCUACUGGUCGAUGCCCAUGUUUUUAAUCGAGAUACAAAAUCUGCUUUGGCAGUGGUCAAUGACAUGAUGACCGCUGGUUACACACCAUCAAAAGAUACUCUUUGGAAAAUCAAAAGGCGUUGUGUUCGUGAAUUUGAUGUUGAAGGGGACAACCAAGUUCAAUCUUUGUGCCAAAGACUGAGUUAUCGGAUGACUAGUGAAAGGAGGAGGGAAAUGCUGUUUGGACUUGACUACAGCACUGAAUUCGUUUAGUGGCUUACUGAGCAUACAAGAAAUAGAUAUACAGUUUCGGACUACAGAAGUGAUGUUGGAAGUUAAAAUGGGCAGAGUAGAUUGGAUUUUGCACUCUUGCAUAGCUAGAUGAUUUUCUUUCCAUUGCUUUUGUUUUAUAGAUGAAGCCCUAUCAAGUAUUCUUUCUUCUCUGUGAGCUGCCUUGCAAAAACUUGCAUAGCUUCAGUAAUUCUUCCACAAGAACUCUUGACAAUGAGAAAAUUUAAAAUGCAAUUUUUUGCAUUUUUGAAAUAAACUUGAUGGAGCCCAUUUGAGGUAUCUUUCUGUGUAUCUGAGAAUGGUGAGAGGUAUCUGGAAUUUUAUCUGCUCUGUAUGUCCAACUUUGCAUUUAUUUUGAUUUUGGCUAUAUGUUUUUUUU